CUCGUUUCGUAUUACAAUGUUAAUAAAACAUUUAAUAUUUGCUGCCAGUUUUUGUGUUGUUCACGCAUACUUCACUUUACCAGGAAAAUGUCCGGCAGAUGUUCAAUUACAACAGGAAUUCAGAUUGGCUGAUUUCUUCGGUAAAUGGUAUCAAGCUUAUCACUAUUCCAGCGAUGAACAGCAGCAGAAUAAUUGCUCGGUCCUAGAGCUUCAGACCAAGCCCAGCGGCAUAUACCUGAACCAGUCAAGGAUAGAUAGGGGCUUGUUUCACCGUUAUAGUAUCGCUAAAUUGGAGAUACCGUCGAAUUUAGAAGACGCUGCUAAAUUAAAUGUCAAGUUUUUCUUCGAAAACGCUCCUAGGAGACUGAGGAUAAGAAGAUAUCCAUUUUCCGUUUUGGCCACUAAUUACCAAUAUUACGCUACCGUCUACACGUGUCAGUACAGUCCACUAACAGAUAAGCAUUUUAUCUACAUCUGGAUUUUAUCAAGGAAUCCAAUCUUGAACGAUGUGUCGAAAGAAUUAGCUACGAAGCCACUAAGUCAACUGGGCAUUGACGCAACGAAGAUCAAGAAAGACGAUCUUACUAGAUGCACUCCGAAAUAUUAUGAGGAUUCCCAAACUGAACCGAUGACCUUUAGAUAUCCUGUACCAGUAUAG